UUUGCAUCCACCUCCUCUUGCUUCCAAUUAUCACAGAGGGCUGGGCCGGGUGGCAGAGGGAGACUUCUGAUUGGUUGAACCGGCUGUCGGUCACACCCUCGCCCUGUAGCCGCCUGUUGGAGAGCCCACUCCACACCAGAAGUCAGAAAGUCCAAUUUCAGCAGAGGCACUGGAGGAGAGGUGGCUCAUUUAUCCGGUUCAUCUCAUCGCUCCCAUCACGUUAUUUAAUAAAAGUCGAGUCUUUUGACUGACAAGUGUUUGGUACUUUUCUUCUUAAUGUGGUUUAGUUGUAAAAAAAACAACGUUAAUUGGUCUUGGAGACUUGUUGGCUCCUUUCUCCGGCAUUUUUACGCGCCGUGCCAGCCCCGCGUUGCGCGCACCUGAGUCUGUCUGCAGCUUCAACAUGACUUUAACGCUCCAGAGCUUCUAAACCACGAUGGUGGCCUCCCUCGCCGGUGGCAUGCUUGCUCCAGGGAACCUCGGUAACUGUGGAAUAACCACCGGGGUCCAGGUGUCAUGACGGAGAGCCGAUGUGGCCGUUUGGAGGAGCGCACUAGUUUGACGCCAGCUGGGAUUUGACUUGACAGAGCGGCAGGAGUUUGGGAUGCGAGAGAAAUCUUAAGAGAGACAAUCCCUCUGCUUCUUUCACCUGGAUUCAAACACGGGCUGCCCGGAGCCAUGGCCUCUGAGGUGGUGUGCGGGCUGAUCUUCAGGUUGCUGCUGCCUGUGUGUCUCGCAGCCGCUUGCCUGUUCAGGUACAAUGCCCUGUCCUUCGUCUACCUCAUCUACCUCCUGCUCAUCCCGCUCUUUGCAGAGCCUUCAAUCACGUCGAUGCAGGGCCACACAGGGCGUCUGCUGCAGUCCCUGUGCUUCACCAGUAUGUCCUUCCUGCUGCUCCACAUCAUCUAUCAGAUUACCGUCAACAGCCUCCUGGCCGGGAACUCCAUCAGCUCUGACUUCAACUGUUCCACGUGGGAGAAAUCCAUCCGACAAAUUGGCUUCGAGAGCGUGAUUGGUGCAGAUGCGGGGAACGGCAUCCGAGUGUUCAUCCCUGACAUCGGCAUGUUUGUGGUCGGCUUGGCCAUCUGGCUGCUGUGCCGCAGUCUGGUCCAGAAGAGGCCGCCUGAGGACAUGGCUCAGUACAACGCUGACUUUGAAGCAGAGGAACAAGAAGAGGAGGAGAAGCUGAGCCUGGACGACAACAUCCUGCUCGAGGAGGACUUCGAAGCGGGGUACGAGGCCGAGGAGGACGAGGAGCUUGAGGAUGAGGAAGAAGAGGAGGAAGAGGAGGAGGAGGUGGAGGAAGAGAAGGAGAGUACAAAGAUGAAGGUCCUGCGAAUCGUGGCGGAGGUUGCGUCCAAAGUGAAGGAGAUCAUCGGGAACUUGAUCACCACCGCGGGGAAGGUGGUGGUCACCAUCUUGUUGGGAUUGACGGGCGUCAUGCUGCCCUCCAUGACCUCUGCUGUGUACUUCUUCAUCUUCCUGUUCCUGUGCACCUGGUGGUCCCUGUGCCGCACCUUCGACACGCUCAUCUUCAGCUGCAUGUGCGUCCUGAUGGCCAUCUUCAGCGGCGGACACAUCAUCGUCCUCUACCUCUACCAGUUCCAGUUCUUCCAGGAGUCCAUCCCACCAGGCGACGGCUACAUCAGUACAUUUGGCAUCUCCCCCAUCAUCCAGAGCAACUGCUCCUACACAUGGAAGCUCAUCGUGCACCCGGAGCGUAAGUGGUACCACUUUGUGAAUCCCAUCAUGCUGCUGAUUCUCUACUACACGCUGGCCACGCUCAUCCGCCUCUGGCUGCAGGAGCCCAUCGAGCAGCUGACGGACGACGGGGAUGUGUGCGAGGAGGACGAUCUAGUUGGAAACAGAACAAGUAACUCAGCCAACAGGAAGAGGCAGCUGUGGUGGGAGUCACGCCAAGGCACUGAUGAGAAAAACCUCCUCUCCACCCAGGAUGGCAUCAGUACGACUGAGGCUGUCCCCACCUCAAACGGGACGUCCUUUGAGUUUGUCACAACUGGACCGCUCUGUCUGGACUUGUACUCCACCCCCCAGUAUAAAAUGGACCAGCCCAACGACGGUACAGAGAAGAAGGAUGAGUGUGUGUAUGAAGUGCAUUUACCCCCGGAGGAGUCGGCGUUGGACGAAGGAGAGGAGAAAACUGAGGAGGACGAGGACGGGAUAAAGAAACGAGGAGUCGGUGCGAUGGUCAAAGUCUUUCACUUCAUCAUGAAGCAGAGCUACAUCUGUGCUCUCAUAGCCAUGAUGGCGUGGAGCAUCACGUACGUCAGCUGGUUGACGUUUGUCUUCCUCAUCUGGUCUUGCAUGCUGUGGAUGGUGAGGGACCGGAGGCGUUACGCCAUGCUGUCGUCUCCCUUCAUGGUGGCCUACGGCAACUUGCUGAUAGUCCUGCAGUACAUUUGGAGUUUUGAGGGCAUGCCAGAAAUCUCAGGGUUCUUUAUCAAGAAGAAAAACCCUUUCCACUCACUUUCAUCCAAGGUUCUGUGUCUGCUGAGCUUCUGGCUGCUGCUCAGACAAACGCUUACAGAGAGAUGGGAAAAACAAAAGGAAGACAGUGCUGGACUGUCAGACGUUCAUGUGGUGGAUCAGGAGAAGAAAGAGGAGGAGGAGUCUGAGGACCAAGGCGAGCAGGACAUCAUGCAGGUCCUGGGCAACAUGGUCAUGGCUCUGCUGGUCAAAUACUGGAUCUACAUCUGUGGGGGGAUGUUCUUCUUAGUCAGCUUCGAGGGAACCAUCGUCAUGUACAAGAUCAUCUACAUGAUGAUGUUCCUCUCCUGUGUGGCCCUUUACCAGGUGCAUUAUGAGUACUGGCGAAGGAUCCUGAAGUACUUCUGGAUGUCGGUGGUGAUGUACACCAUGCUGGUCCUCACGCUGGUCUACACCUUCCAGUUUAAAGGCUCGGUAAAUUUCUGGUCCAGCAUGUUGGGCAUGACCGAGCAGAGCCUGAGGGAUUUGGGCCUGGAGCAGUUCACGGUGUCACAGUUGUUCACCAGGAUUUUCAUCCCGACCUCUUUCCUGCUGGUGUGUAUCCUCCACCUGCACUACUUCCACGACCGCUUCCUCCAGCUCACUGACCUCCAGGCUGUCGUGGCCAAAGAGGAGAGCACAAUCUACAGCCAUGCUAAAGUCAGCGGGCGUAUCUAUCUGAUCAUGGAUAGCAUCAAGCAAAAAAUCCCCACUCAACCGAGCAAACUGGUGCACCAGGACGGUAGUCUGGCGGACCUCACCAUGCUCAGCGCCAGCUCGGUGGACGCGGCGCUGCCCAGAGAGCCGGAGGAGGUGCAGGACAAGCAGGAGAAGCAGGAGGAGGAGGAGGAGAAGGAGAAGGAGAAGAAGCAGGCCCUGGUGGUGGUGAUGGAUGACACUGACAUGAGUGGUGAGAAGCCAGGCAGCUUGCCCGACCUGCGGCAGUCCAGCACAGAGGAGAGCCACCACUGCAGUGCGGGGACGGGGCCAGAGCCGAGCACCGAGCAGAGCUCAGAUCUGAAAAACAAGUGGCACCUGGUGGUCGACCGUCUGACUGUGCUCUUCCUCAAGUUCCUGGAGUAUUUCCACAAACUGCAGCUGUUCAUCUGGUGGCUGCUGGAGAUCCACAUCAUCAAAAUAGUGUCCUGCUACAUCGUCCUCGUCUCUGUCAAAGAGGUGUCGUUGUUCAACUAUGUGUUCCUGGCGUCUUGGGCCUUCGCUCUGCCGUUCAGUCAGUAUCGGCCCCUCGCUUCCAGCAUUUGCACCGUGUGGACAUGUGUCAUCAUUGUGUGUAAAAUGUUGUACCAGCUGAAGUCCAUAGACCCCCCGAGCUACUCCAAGAACUGCUCUGUGUCGGAGACGUACUCAAGCGACCAGAAGACUGAGCUGCAGGACUCUCUGCUGUACGUAGGUCCUGUGGAUCCGGCCAACUGGGUGGGCCUGGAAAAGUCUGCGGACCUGCUGGGAUACCUCAGGGACAACCUCCUGAUGUUGGCUCUCUUAGCAUUCGAGGUGACCAUCUACCGCCAUCAGGAAUACUUCAGACUGAGGAACAAGCUGUCGCCUCCCGCUGCUCGGAUCAUCUUCCACGACACCACGCGGCAGCACCUGGACAUCGGCAUCAUCAGCUUCAUCAAAUACUUCAUCAACUACUUCUUCUACAAGUUUGGACUAGAGACGUGUCUUCUGUUGGUGGUCAAUGUCAUCGGUCAGCGGAUGGACUUCUACGGCAUGCUUCAUGGCUUCGCCUUGAUAGCCGUCAUGUACCGACGGCGGAGGAAAGCCAUCGCGGAGAUCUGGCCCAAGUACUGCUGCUUCCUGGCCUGCAUGCUCACCCUCCAGUACUUUGUUUGCAUCGGGAUCCCGCCUGCAGCCUGCAAAGAUUACCCCUGGAGGUUUCCCAGCUCUUUUACACACUCCAAUGUGGUCAAGUGGCUCUACAUCCCAGAUUUCCGCGCAAAGCCCAAUCCAUCGUUCCUCAUCUAUGACUUCAUGUUGCUGCUGUGUGCCUCUCUUCAGAGGCAGGUGUUCGAUGAUGAGAACAAGGCGGCCGUCCGCAUCAUGGCAGGAGACAACGUGGAGAUCUGCAGAGACCUGGACGCAGCCUCGUUCAGCGUCCACAACCCCGUCCCUGACUUUAUCCACUGCAGGUCCUACCUCGACAUGCUGAAGGUCAUCAUGUUCAGUUACCUGUUUUGGUUUGUCCUCACCAUCAUCUUCAUCACGGGAACCACACGUAUCAGCGUCUUCUGUAUGGGAUACCUGGUCGCCUGCUUCUACUUCCUGCUCUUCGGUGGAGACCUGUUACUGAAGCCAAUCAAAAAGAUCCUGCACUACUGGGACUUUCUCAUCGCCUACAACAUCUUUGUGAUCACCAUGAAAAAUGUUUUGUCCAUUCUGGCUUGUGGCUACUUCAACACUCUGGUGAAGAAGCAGUGCUGGUUAGUCCAGUUGCUGAGUUUGGUCUGCACCAUUAAAGAAUAUGACAACAACAUCGACCAGGAACAUCUGCCCCCUGAUCAGCGCUGCGAGCUGCCCAAUAACGAGGCCGGGAUCAUCUGGGACAGUAUCUGCUUCGCCUUCCUGCUGCUGCAGAGACGAGUCUUCAUGAGCUACUACUUCCUGCACGUGGUCGCUGACAUCAGGGCGUCGCAGAUCCUCGCAUCCAGAGGAGCUGAGCUUUUCCAGGCCACCAUAGUGAAGGCGGUGAGAGCCCGACUGGAGGAGGAGCGCAAAUCUGUGGAGCAGCUGAAAAGACAGAUGGAGCGCAUUAAAGUGAGGCAGCAAAAGUUUAAGAGGGGCAAGGAGAAGAUGCUUAGCAUGGCGCAGGAGUCUGGAGACGGACAGACGCUCGUGCAGCCCGAGGACGAUGACGACGGGGCACAUCGAACGAAAGCCAAGACCAAAAAAAAGCAGUGGUGGAGGCCGUGGGUUGACCAUGCUUCCAUGGUUAGAAGUGGAGACUAUUACUUGUUUGAAACUGACAGUGAGGAGGAAGAGGAGGAGGAGGAGAAAAAAGACGAUGAGCCUCCCAAGAAGUCGGCGUUUCAGCGAGCUAUUGGGAAGUUUGUGUCUGCGGUUCUGGCUUUGCCCAGGUCUAUCAUUAAACUGCCUAAAACCGUUCUGCAGUAUGUAGUCAAGGCAGGCAAGUUUCUUUACCACGCCUGGAUCACAGACCCUAAAGCUGCACUCAGAGCUCGAGGAAAAGAGAAACGCAAAUUUUGGAAGAAAUACACAAAGGGAGUUAGACGCAGGAAAACUAAGAAAGAUGCAGGUCAUGUGACGAUAGAGGUUGGCGACUCUGACGGGCAAGAAAAAGACGAUAGCAAGCCGUCUGGUGGACCAGACAACAUCAUCAAACGCGUGUUCAACAUCAUCAAGUUCACGUGGGUCCUCUUCCAGACGACGGUGGACAGCUUCACCAAGUGGAUGAACGACAUGUGCAGAGAGUACAUCGACAUCUCCACGGUGCUGCGCAUUGAGCGCUGCAUGCUGACGCGAGAGGUCAAAAAGGGUAACGUGCCGUCCAGAGAGAGCAUCCAUGUCUACUACCAGAAGGCCAUGAGGCUCAACAUGUCCAGACAGGCCAGUAUGGAUCAGCUGAGUGAGGACGAGUCGGUCUGCGGCUCCACCAGAGUGCGGAGGAGGCGAGGAGGAUACCGCAUGGAGAGCCAGGACUCGACGGCCUCCAGAGACAGCAUAUCCAGUGGCGUCACUGAGGCCACCACCCUGUUUUCUCGCCAGUCCACGCUGGACGACCCCGACGGGAUGUCUGAGUGCAUCCUCAAAACCAGCGAGCGCGCCAGGCCCAAGCUGUGUAAGAUGAGCGGCCUGGAAGUGUCCAGCUCAUCAAUGGACAGUGCCAGCAGCUUCAUGUCCAGUGAGGCGACCCAGUGCGUCACUCUCUACUCCAGACAGGGAACCACAGACACUAUAGAAGAAGUGGAGGAUGAGCAGGAUCAAGGGGAGGACAGGCAGCAGGUUCCCUGGGAGUCCCAGCAGCUGGAUGACAGUGAGGGGCCUGAGGACAGUCCCUGGGGUGAGUCCAGGGGGACAGAGAUGGAGGACGGCGAGGGGAUUGAGGGGACUGAGGGUGAGGAGGCUGUGGAGGAGAUAGUGGUACCAAAGAGCAAGGAGGGAGAAGAAGCUCCCUGGGGAUCUUUUGGCCCAGAUGAGGGCACCUCCCUCAGGGUGGAGGAGGCAGAGUGUGCCCCCUCUGUCCAGGACAAAGACUUUGUCUCUGAGAGUGAAGACGGAGGAGGACAGCAGGACCUCCUGCAGACAGAGGGGCGGGUAGGGCUGAUCUACACCCCCGACACGGAUGCUUCCAAAGUGUCUGACGCUGACGUGCCUCCCAGCUACAGCAAGGCAGUCAGCUUUGACCGCCUGGAGGUGAGCGAUGAUGAGAGUGACAUGGACAGGAAGAGGCGUAUGAUUAUGACCUCUGACAGCCACUCUGACAGCAGGUCAGACAUCAUGUUACCGUCCAUGACCACCGAGCUGACCGCCAGUGAACUGCUGCUCAACAAGAUGUUUUAUGACGAAGAGCUGGAGCAGUCAGAUACUUUUUACCAAAGGCAGCCGCUGAUCCUCCAGCUCUGCUACGCCCUCUACAACAUGCUGGUGGCGCACUCUGAGAUGGUGUGUUACCUGGUCAUCAUCAUCAACCACAUGGUGUCCGCGUCCUGCGCCACCCUGGUCCUCCCCAUCUCCAUCUUCCUCUGGGCCAUGCUGUCUGUGCCGAGGCCGAGCAAGCGCUACUGGAUGACUGCCAUCGUCUACACUGAGGUCACCAUUGUCAUCAAGUACUUCUUCCAGUUUGGCUUCUUCCCUUUCAACCAAAACAAGAUAGAUAAGAACAAACCAUAUCACCCUCCCAACAUCAUCGGGGUGGAGAAGAAGGACGGUUAUGUCCACUACGACCUGGUUCAGUUACUGGCUCUCUUCUUCCACAGAUCCAUUCUGAAGUGCCACGGGCUGUGGGACGAGGACGACCCCAAAGAAAAGAGAGAGCCUCCUCGUCAGAGUGAGUCCUCGGACGAGGGACGAGACAGGGACGAGAGUGGGAAGGAAUCUGAAGCCACCUCGUCUGUGAUCAGUGAGAGGAUGGGCUCCACUCACACCUUGAGGUCCAUAAACUUUGGGACCUCCAUAGAUUCAGGAAACGUCCAGGUGCACUUCCCUCAGCAGCAGACCUACCAGCGUCGCAAGAGCUCCAGCGGAGGCUCGCACAUUUCUCACCGAUCUCUCCACUCGUCUGCCAGAUCAAAAAGAGGAAGCACCACUUCCCAUAACAGCAGCCACAAGGACGGCAGCGAGGCCAGCGUCCAGCAGAAGACCCGCAAACAGAUGAUUAUGGAGAAGCUCCGAGAGCAGCUCUAUAAAGGAAAAGCCUUCAUCAUAAAGCGGUUCAUGGAGAUCUUUGUUCCCAUGAGGCAGUUCUUCUACAACCUGACCCAUCCAGAGUACAGUGCCGUCACAGACGUCUAUGUGCUGAUGUUCCUGUCCGACACUGUCGACUUCAUCAUCAUCGUGUUUGGAUUCUGGGCGUUUGGUAAACACUCAGCGGCAGACAUCACCUCGUCUCUGUCAGAGGAUCAGGUGCCGGGACCUUUCCUGGUCAUGGUCCUGAUCCAGUUUGGGACCAUGGUGGUGGACCGGGCCCUUUACCUCAGAAAGUCUGUUAUGGGGAAAGUCAUCUUCCAGGUGUUCCUGGUGUUUGGUAUCCACUUCUGGAUGUUCUUCAUCCUGCCUGGAGUCACCCAGAAGCGUUUCAGUGAGAACACAGUAGCUCAGAUGUGGUAUUUUGUCAAGUGCAUCUACUUCGGCCUGUCGGCCUAUCAGAUCCGCUGUGGUUAUCCCACCCGCGUUCUGGGAAACUUCCUCACCAAGAGCUACAAUUAUGUCAACCUCUUCCUGUUUCAAGGUUUCCGGCUGGUGCCGUUUCUGACGGAGCUGCGUGCCGUGAUGGACUGGGUUUGGACCGACACCUCGCUGUCUCUGUCCAGCUGGAUCUGUGUGGAGGACAUCUACGCUCACAUCUUCAUCCUGAAAUGCUGGAGAGAGUCUGAGAAGAGGUACCCGCAGCCCCGAGGCCAGAAGAAGAAGAAGGUGGUGAAGUACGGGAUGGGAGGGAUGAUCGUGAUGCUGCUGAUCUGCAUCGUCUGGUUCCCGUUGCUUUUUAUGUCUCUCGUCAAAUCUGUGGCUGGAGUUGUCAACACGCCGCUGGACGUCACGUUUGAAAUCACCCUGGCUGGUUUUCAGCCCAUCUUCACUAUGAGCGCUCAGCAAAAGCAACUGCAGAAUGUGACGCCUGACGAAUUUGAAAAGUUUAAAAAGAGAUUUGCUGACGACGAAGCCCUGCAGUGGCUGGAGGGCUACAUGCCAGAGGAUCUGAUCAUCGCUGAGCUGAAAGGCAGCUCCAACUCUCUGUGGACCAUCAGCCCACCCAGCAGAUCCAACCUGAUCGACAUGUUGGGCACCGCUGAGGACUUCUCCAUCACUGUGACCUGGUCUGUGCAAAGAAACCUCAGUCUCGGUGCCAAGGCUGAAACAGCGGCUGGGAAACGAGUGACGUCUCUGGACCAGAAAACUAAGGAGGACCUCAUAAUUGUCCUGAAUGGGACAGGAAAUGCUUCUCACGUGACUCUAACAAAUAUCUUUCCUCGUUAUAUCCGAGCGCCCAGUGACUCCGAUGCCAAACCUGUCGACCACCUUUAUAAAGAUGAAAAGAUGAUGGACAUAGAUUUGACGUUGAUGCGACCUGAGAGUGGCUCCGAUCAGAUCCAGGAAUGGUGGAUUGUCAACCAGACAGAGCUCGGCCCGAUAGAGAAGAGGACUCCCAAAAACAUGUUUGCAGCCGGGCUGGAGGUUUACGUGUUCAGUGACCAAGUCAGUCCGCCCAGUUUGGGAUUCCUGGCUGGAUACGGGAUCAUGGGCCUGUACGCCUCGGUCGUUCUGGUCAUCGGCAAAUUUGUCCGCGAGUUCUUCAGUGGUAUUUCCCACACCAUCAUGUUCGAGGAGCUCCCCAACGUGGAUCGCAUCCUCAAGCUGUGCACAGACAUCUUCCUGGUCCGAGAGACAGGGGAGCUGGACCUGGAGGAGGACAUGUACGCCAAACUCAUCUUCCUCUACCGCUCGCCAGAAACCAUGAUCAAGUGGACCCGGGAGAAAACUCAGUGAAACUCAGUGAGCGGACAUUAAGUCAUGGAGUCUUUUUUCUGGAGAUGCUGGGUGGUGUGAGCCGCUACUUCAGCCUGUUUACCAGCUGAGGGAACACAAAGCCACCGAGGAUCAGGUGUGUCCUCCUCAAAUUGAGCUCUGAUGGCGGUGACGCAGCGUUAGCUCCACACAAAAACACUUUUUUGAGUUAAGAACUGAUAUUUUUUACUCUUAAUUGAUGAAAAACAGCAACAAAUUGCAGUUACAUUAUUAACGAUUGAGCACAAAUUUGCUGGUGCUGUAUUUAUCUCACAAAACCUGGCUCGGUUUGAAAAGCAGCUGGUGUUCAGUUGGAGAUGGACAAAUCUUUCUGGGACAAUUUUCCCUAAGUUAUAAAAAGUCUCCUGAUAUAAAGGUGGAUUUUUUGUCAAACACCCGCCGCUGCUCUUCACGCCUGUCGUCUUACAUUUACACAAUCGCACAGCAGGCGGAGAGAAGCUCACACUGGCUGCAACAUUACACUUUAAGGGCUUUCCACCAAAGAUCGCUGCACAAUUAAUGACCACAUGAGCACAAUCUUGUAAUUUCUCCAACUGGAACACUUUGAUUGUGGGACUGUGCAAUACUGAGCUCCUGUUUCUCCCGACGUGGACCGAAAGAAAAAGGCAAGCCCCACUUUUUUUUUCUUUUUUUUUUAAACGUCAGAGGCCACAUGGGAAACUCUCCAGAGACACGAUAAACCGAAAACAUCAGACAAUCUUUACUUGCCUUAUUUUGUUUGUAUGAGACGAACUGAAACUCUAAUCAACUACAUAUCUUUCUCAGGAAGAGCUGUUUUCACAGAUAUUGUAAGUGUUUAAUGUUGCAACAUGUAGGCUUCGACGGAUUUAAAAGAUUGUGAGACCGAAGAAGCACUGAGAACUAUUUAAACGGCAUGAAACUUAAAAUGUGGAUAUUGUUCAGACGGACCGACACUGACUAUGUUUACCGCACAUGGACACAGAUAAUAAGACUGCAAUCAGAAAGUACAUUUCAUCGCUGUGGACUUUUUUUUCCCCUCCACACAGAACGAGAUUAUUUGCCAAUCAUCUGAAUCACCUACAGGUUGGCUCGAGUCGAAACCAGCAGAGGGAUGUUUCUGAAUCAGGGUAACGUGCAUUAGGUGGUCGACUCUUGCACAUCACUUGUGAACCUCUCGCUGUUUUUAACAUUCACGAACACUGUGGCACCCACAGCCGUGCAGUCAGUCGUCAAGGAAAAAUACAAAUAAAAGAUUCCUCACAUGAAGGGCUCUAACGUGAAGCCCUUUGGUCCAAACUAUGCAUUAGAGGACACUGUAGCAUGAAAGAGAAACUUCAUUAUUCAUUUUCAUUACAUGUACAUUCAAAUGUAAAGGGAUGGGAUGAGGAGGAAUGAAAUGUGAAGAUGUACCUGUAUGUUAAGGUAAUGUGGUAUUAUAGAGGUCCAGAGAUCUGCAAAUAAAACGUCU